UGAUAAACUAAAUUUCAUGCGGGUGAAGCCGCGGGCAAAAGCUAGAAUAAAAUAGAAUGUUGGAGCCGACGGAGCGCGAGCCGCGGCCGGGAAGCCACGACAUGAAGCCUCAGGACGACUACAGGAACGGCGACGACGGCGGCGGCUGCGGCAGCGCGUCGGGCUCGGAGGACAGCUCGGGCGCGGAGGGCGCGGACGAGCUGUCGCUGCGGGACGCGGCGGCGCCGGCGCGCGCGCUGCUGGCGCUCAACGCGCUGCGCAAGUCGCGCCAGCACUACGACGCCGUGCUCGUGGCCGACGGCGCCGAGGUGCCGGCGCACCGCGCGCUGCUGGCCGCCGCCUCGCCCUACCUGCUCGAGGCCUUCCAGGCGCCGCCGCCCGCCGGGCCCGCGCCCGCGUCCGUCGCGCUGCGCGUCGAGGGCGUCGACGCCGAGGCGCUGCGCACGCUCGUGGAGUACGCCUACACCGGCCGCGCGCGCGUGCGCGAGCCCGCCGCCGCGCGCCGCCUCUACCGCGCCGCCUGGCGCCUGCGCGUCGAGCCCGUGCGCGCGCACCUGGCGCGGGCCCUGGCGCGCCGGCCCGCGCCCGCCGACGCGCUGCUCACGCGCGCGCUGCCCGACCUCGAGCCGCACCUGCUGCGCGACCUCGACGCCUACAUCGCCGACCACUUCGACGAGAUCUGCGCGAGCGGCGCGCUGGCCGCGCUGCCCAAGAUCAACAUCGAGAUGCUGCGCGAGAGCAGCGCCGAGGGCGGCGAGGAGACGGCGCCGGCGGUGGCGGCCGCCGCGCUCACGUGGCUGCGCGAGCGCCAGGCCGCCGACCUCGACCUGGAGGAGCUGUGCUCGCGCACGCACCUGCUGUUCGUGGACGCGCGCGGCGCGCUGCGCGACUGCGGCGAGCUGCCGGCGUCGAGCGGCGAGGCGCCGGCGCUGGGCGAGUACCGGCGCGAGGCGGCGGAGCGCGCGCGCGGCGGGCGGGUGGAGACGAAGGCGCCGGUGGCGGCGGCGGCGGGGACGGCGCUGGGCGCGCGCGUGGCGCGUGCGGGCGGCGCGGCGGAGUGCAGCGUGGUGGCGGCGCGCACGGCGGGCGGCGGGUGCACGCGCGCGCUGGUGGCGCUGCGCGGGCGGCUGGCGGCGGCGCGCAUCUCGUGGCGCGCGGCCGGCGGCGGCAUCACGCGAGGCGGCGUGCUCGGCGGCGCGCGCGAGCCCGAGGGCGGCGACCGGCUGGCGGCGCUGUCGUGGGCGCGGUGCGCGCUGGGCGCGGCGGCGCUGGGCGGGCGGCUGGUGGCGUGCGGCGGCUACGACCGCGCGCGCGUGCUGCGCGCCGCCGAGGCCUACGACCCCGCCACCAACACGUGGGCGCCGCUGCCCGACCUGCGCGGGCCGCGCGCGCGCUUCCCGGCCGCGCGCCUCGGCGACGCGCUGUUCGCGCUCGGCGGCAGCGACGGCCACGCCGACCUCGACUCCGUGCACGCGCUGGCCGCCGGCGCCUGGACUGUGCGCGCGCGCCUGCCGCUGGCCCGCACGCACGCCGCCGCCGCCGCCGACGACGCGCGCCGCCGGCUCUACGUCAUCGGCGGCUGGGCCGGCGGGCUCAGUCUGCGCCGCGUCGACUGCUACGACCCCGACGCCGACGCCUGGGCUGACGCUCCACCAUUGAUCACUGGGCGGUCGCAGUGCGCGGGCGUGUACUGGGCCGGCGCGCUGUGGGCGCUGGGCGGCUGCGACGCGUGGCACUGCCUCGCCUCCACCGAGACGCUCUCGCUGGACGCGCCCAACGCCGUCUGGACGCCGGGGCCGGCGCUGCCGACGGCGCGGCGCUCGGUGGGCGGCGCGCAGUGGCGCGGGCGGCUGGUGUCGGCGGGCGGCUCCGACGGCGCCGCCUCGCUGCGCCGCACCGACUUCCUGCUGCCCGGUGAGACUCGUUCCUUCACAGCUGUACGACUGCACCCGGUGGGCGGCGCGCAGUGGCGCGGGCGGCUGGUGUCGGCGGGCGGCUCCGACGGCGCCGCCUCGCUGCGCCGCACCGACUUCCUGCUGCCCGGCGCGGACGCGUGGUCGGCGGGCCCCUCGCUGCGGCGCGCGCGGGCGGCGCUGGGGCUGGCGGUGCUGGGCGGCGCGCUGUACGCGGUGGGCGGCUUCGACGGCAAGCAGUUCCUGGCCUGCGUGGAGACGCUGCGCGAGCCCGACGCCGAGUGGACCACGCUGUGGGCGCCGUCCGCGCCGCCCGCGCCCCUCGCGGCCGGCGCGUCUCCCGAGGAGCCCGGCGAGAAGCUGUACUGAUAGCGGCCGCCUCGUGCCGACCCCGCGCUGCGAUCGCCGGCUUUUACCCGUGGUCCCCCCAACAUGUCCCCCUGGUGGGUCCACGGGUAAUUUUUUUUACCCGUUGUCCCACCGUUCUGAACAGUGUUUGCCAGUGGGUCUACGGGUAAUUUAUUUUAACCAUGGUCCCACCGCACUGAGUGGCAAACGUUGCAUGUCACCUAUGUCUGGGAUGAAAUAUCAAACGCCGAGUAGGAUAUGAGUGACUUUAACCCACAUGUGUGAUGUGAUUCAUCCCAACUAGUCCCAACUAAUCCCAACUAUAUCCUAACUAAUAUUAUAAAUGCGAAAGUAACUCUGUCUGUCUGUCUGUCUGUCUGUCUGUUACGCUUUCCCGCUUAAACCUCGCAACCGAUUUUGAUGAAAUUUGGUAUAGAGAUAGUUUGAGUCCCGGGAAAGAACAUAGGAUAGUUUUUAUCCCGGUUUUUGAAACAGGGACGCGCGCGAUAAAGUUUUUCUGUGACAGACAAAAUUCCACGCGGGCGAAGCCGCGGGCGGAAAGCUAGUAUAGUAUAAAGAUAUUAUGGUGCCGUACCUACCUAUAAUUAUUUUCUAUAUUAAUUAUAGAUUUUUUUAUAAUAUUAUAGAUACCUAGGCUAGGUGACAAGCAAUGUUUGCCACUUAGUGCGGUGGGACCAUGGUUAAAAUAAAUUACCCGUGGACCCACCAGGGGGACAUGUUGGGGGGACCACGGGUAAAAGCCGGCGAUCGGACGCUGCGGAGGCGGGUAGGUCCCGGCGCGACGUUCCGAUCGCGGGCGACGCGCGUGGAAGCGUCCCGUUGCGAGGGCGCAGCUUCUUUUCGUAACGGAGCGCGUGUGACACGCUGUCUGUACGGCUAGCACGAAAAACUUUCGAGUUCAAAUCGUUUGCGUACUCGAAUCGCCAUCAAAAGAUUUAGUAAGAAAACUACAACAGCGCCCUUGUGAACGUGUCGUAAAGUGAACUUAAUAUGAGAUGUGGUUGCACGAAACUUAUUUUGAGAAUCAAAAUUGUCACGUUAUUGUUUAAUUCGAAGACUGAGUAUCGAAUUUUAUCGAGUACGCAAACGAUUCGAAGACGAAAGCUGUUCAUGCUAGAGGUACUGAAGUUUCUAUUUCACGUUUACUUAUUGUCUGACUGAGCAGACUUCAAGUUGCAGUAACCGUUAGGUUGAUAAAAUGAGAGUAUUCUAUUGAAUCAUGUAACAAAAAAAAACCAUGAAAAUGUCUUCGAUAUGGAUUACUUUUGCGAUAAUUGAUCACUAAAUAAUUUGGACAGCGUAAUGUGUAUUGGGUCACUAUGAAUUAAGAUUAAUGGCUAACUAAUCUGUGAAGUCACGCGAGCGCACGUCGCAAUUUCUAUUGAUAUACUUCGCUACGAUAGGCUACGGAAUAUAUGUAAGAAGUGAGCACCGUCAUCAAUAAAUUAUAUUAGUGAGGUUUUAGGUGUUAUCGUGUAAUAUUCAAGUGUACAAAUAAUCUUUGUUAUAAAAUAACAUCGUAUUUUGUAGUAAUUUUGAAAUAUUUUGUGUACGAUCAGCGUGUGUAAGAGAUACUUUAUAAAAUGCCGUUAUUGGUUGGUUAACAAAUGUUUGUUCCUGUACCGGCGCUCGCUCGCCGUGCCCGAGCACGCGCCGCCCGGGCCUCGUCCCGUGGCCUGGCAGGCACCCGCGUCGUGGCCUGGCAGGCACCCGCGUCGUGGCCUGGCAGGCACCCGCGUCGUGGCCUGGCAGGCACCCGCGUCGUGGCCUGGCAGGCACCCGCGUCACGGCCUGGCAGGCACCCGCGUAGUCUGGCAGGCCGAGGCCCGACGCACGGCGCGACCCAGUGCCUUCGUUUGUUUCCGCGAACUUCACCGACAAAAGUUCUUAGGGACGGUUUCAUUGUGAUAUUUAGAGUAAUUAUGUUCGGUCGCCGCGCCGCUGUCGUCGGCCGUCGACGUUACCCUGGUUCCGAGAUUUCGUCUAUCGGGACUUUGUUCCUUUGACCACCAGACGUAUUACAUUUUGAUUUUUACAUGACGAGGCAUACACUAUGAAUAAAUAUUUGAAUAGACGGGAUCUCUGAAUCGGGUUCACCUUUUGACUAUGAAAUGUGUUUCGAGACGUUUACCCGCUGUGCGAGCGCUGACCGAAGCCCCGGGACUAAGUUUUAUAUGUAUAGUUUAGUCGUGCGGUGAGAUGGUUAAAGUAAUUAGAUAUUGUGACAUCGCGGCGCCGCUCGCGCGCCAUUGACCGAGAAAGCAUAAAACAAACUUGCCAUACACAUGCGCGCUAUACGACUAGUGUAGAGCGGCGCCGCGACCCGCCUCGGCGGUCACAACUAGAUUGUACGAUUAUUUUCUGUACUAGGUAUUAUAAUUUGCGUCCUACGCUGUUAUUUUAUUUUUACUUUUAAUUUGAAGACGCCCCGACCGCGCCAGAUCUUCGGGCUUUUACUGUCCUGUUAACGUAAUUUUAGAAAAUUCUAAUUUAUUAACAUAAAGUUAUAAAACGGCGGUCUCCUCGUCUUCAUCUAACCAAGUGUUACGUACGCGGUGAUUCACUCCUUGCAUGAACGAACCAUGACUUUUACUCAUUUAGAUGUAGUUGUACAAUCACUGAAACCUGUCAUUUACCUACACAGUGGCCUUGCCGACAGUGAAUUGGCUGUGACAAUGAAUACUAAUUUUGCGUAAAUUAGUAUGUAGUAGCGACGUUACAUGGAAACGAGGAGAUCUCUGUGCAGCGGUAGCAAUAAGAUAAGUACCUACUUAGAUUGUGGCGGGCGGCGCGGCGGGGCGCGCAUAGUUAAUAUUUACACUAAAAGACAUUUAGCAGAAUGGUCGAGGUCUCCACACCUCACGUAUUCAUCGCCGUAUAAUGUGCACACAAAAGGAAAUGAAUUUUGUAUACUUUUAAGGAGCUUAAUGAAAUUGCAUUUAAGAAAAACAUUCCCUUUACGAUGCUUUUAAUACAAUGAAUUUUACACGUUUUAAAAUAAGCAACCCUUUGCAUUUAUACGAUUUUAAUAUUGCGAUAUUGCACGAUGUUGGUGUAUUUUAAAAUCAAACGGAAGUGAAUGCGCGAGGUGUAGGGCGAGAGAGCUUGUAUGUAUUGUGUGCGUGUGUGAGUUCACUCGGAAGAAAUCUUCGGAUUGGUCCCCACAAACAAAUCCAAUAACGCAAUGAUGAAUACGCGGCGUUUUUAUUGCGUCGAUAUUUUUGUGUUAUGGAUAGGGGGUCCCCUCUUGCAGCCGUAAAAAAAUAGGAUUGUGAUAAGGAGUGUCCAAUUUUAGUAUAAUCCAGUCCAUAGACAGAUCGUAUCUCUUGCCGUUGUCACAGGGUGUUUUUUUACUAAAUACUAAUUUCAUCUAAAUUGCGAUCAGUUUUUGGGUUGAAUUAUUAUAGUAAUUCAUAAGGUCAUCGCUCACGUGAAGUUUCAUUAUCUUAUCAACAUCGCCUUCACUAAAUAUAAACCGACCACAGGCGAGAACUGUUGCUGGUUCCAAUUCUACAAAAAAUAGCUAUUUUCAUCUUUGUAACGGGGCGAUGUGAAUCCGGUAAUGGGGCAUGCUAUGCCGCGGCUUUGAUCCGGUGGGUAAUGGACAGUACGCGAUGUCAAUGUCGUCUAAAACGAGAGCCGCGAAGAUUUCUUCCGCCGUGGAAUGGCUGCCCUUGCCGCGAUGUGCGUUACUACUGUCAGUAUUCAGUAUUGUUUAUGUUUAACUCAAUAAAUAUUCCAUUUAUUAUUACAA